AAUUUCUCUUUAUGCUGGACUUUACGAUGGAAAUAAUUACGGAAAUACAUAAUGAACGAUUGUUACUGGUUGAGGUGGGAGUUAGUCGAGCAUUGAAACCAUAAAACAUUUUGCAGUCUCGGUUAGAACUUGCGAUCGACUAUAUUCAACCUGAGUAUAUUACGGUUAAUCGAGCAUUCUACAACCGAAAGUUUCGAUUCUCCUUUUCUAAUCGAUGAUCUUACGAGAUUGGACGUGUAAUCGUGUUAUAAUUUCAGUGAAAAAACAUUCAAGUUAUUAUAAUAUAACAAUCAUAUAAGUAAUAGAUAAUUUCGAGCUAGCAUGAGCCUUGUUUCCUUCUAUAUUAUAGUCCCAUCCGUAUUGUAAAUCGACAAGGGAGAGAGAAAAUCGUGUUAAUAUUAGUGUCUGACCUAUUUCGAUUCAAUGUGUAUCGAAAUGAGCACGAUGAAUACCGUGUGUCAAUCCGUGGAAUUCGGUCUACGCGUAAUCGGUGUAUGGCCCCAUACGUCAUGUGCAAUUUUGCGCCGAAUUUUAUGCCUAUCCUCAUUAGCAAUAUUUCAGAUCUUUCAAUAUCGAUAUUUGAUUAUGCAUUUCGGCGAAGAGGAUAUUUUUAUCCUGAUGGACGUAUUGAGCAUAACUCUGGCUUAUAGUCUUAUGUUUAUCAAGCUGAUUAUUUUCACGUUCAACGCUCAUCUGCUGCACGAAAUCAUAGCGUGCGUAGUGGAGGACUGGAAGAGACAUGAUGUUUCCGAAAAGUACACAAUGGCCAGAGUUGCUUACUUUUGUUAUCGGUUGUCUAACUUAAUAAUCACUAUAUACGCCAUGUCAGUGUUCGUCUACGCUAGUGGUGCUUUAAUUAGGUAUAAGAGUAGUAAUCAGACUGAUGCUCGGGAGCUCCUUGUUAAAAUGGAGUUGCCUUUCGAAAUCAAGAGCACAUCAAUAUAUAUUGCUAUUCUAAUUACACAGUUUAUUCACCAGAUGAGCACGGCUAGUACAGAAGGCGUGUUAAAUUCUUUACUAAUAUCACUAGUACUUCACGUCUGUGGACAGAUCGAUAUAGUGCAGCAAAAAUUAAAUGAAAUUACGCGGCAGAGUAUCGAGCAAGGUGCUGCCAAAGGAAUUAUGAAAAAAGUGAUUGUUCGUCAUCAGAAAAUCAUCUCGUUCUGCAACAACAUUGAGGGCCUCUUUUCAAACAUCGCAUUGAUACAUUUUGUGUCAAACAUUCUAGUUAUCUGUUGUCUAGGAUUUCUUAUUGUAAUUUCAAUCGGUGUCCCAGGCGGAUCGAUAGUGUUAGUGAAAUCCGUGUUAUUUUAUGUUGCGAUUUGCUUAGGUGCAUUCAUAUUUUGUUUUGUCGGAGAAUACCUCAGUACCAAAAGCAGAAUGAUCGGCGAUGCAGCAUAUAAAUCGCUUUGGUACGAAUCGAACUCCAAUCAACAUCGAGAUGUUCUAAUCAUGAUCUUACGAUCUCAGAAGCAAUUGACACUUACAGUUGGAAAAUUUGUGGAUCUUUCUUUGCAACAAUUUACCGACAUUGUGAAAGCAUCAGCGUCAUAUGUGUCGGUGUUACAUGCGAUGUAUUGAAUGCAGUAAACGUUGCAGCGUCGCGUGCAGAGGAAUAUAGUACUUCUUUUACUACCAUUUACAUGAUUUUUUUAGUAAGAGGCAUAAAUGAGUAGAUAUAUCGUUUACCAAAGCACAUCAAGU